AUGUUAAGCAUUGACCCCACGAGGCAGAGAACUGCAUUCUGCGAGGAUUUGGAAAUCUUUCAUGGGGAAGGACUCGAAGGAUGGGCCAUACUCAGCUGUGAUGCAGGCCGUAAUAAAUGGAAUACCGUUCUUGGACCUGUACUGGACCCUCAUCCUAGGGGUGCCCUGUGGAUGUACAAUUACAAGGCUGCGGCUGAAGGGCAUGUCGAAGGAAACAAGUCGUUUGAGCUCCCAGCCUUGCUUCGGCUCGACGGCUUUCCAAAAGAGUUCGACUUCCAUCCGAUUGGUGCAGAUGCAGUGCCGGCUGUUGACAGUGCAAACGAAGAAACUAGGAAGCCAGCUAGAUUGUUUGUGAUUAAUCAUUCUGGUAAAUGGUCUGCAAUAGAAGUCUUUGAUCUUUAUCCUGCUCUCAAAGCAUCCGAAUGGAGUGCCAGUUACAUACGCACUAUUGAUCACCCUUUAGCCGCACUUCAGCCCAACGCUCUUACCGCCCUCAGCCACAAUGACAUCCUGGUCACACAAGAUCAUCUUUUUGCUCUCCGCGCCAGGCCAUUCUCGCAGCUUCGUCAAAUAUAUUCAUUUCUCUAUGGUGAGCCAAUGGGGAGCGCUUUGACGUGCUUUGCAUCACUUCCGAUUCUGCGCGGCUACCUGACUAAAAUCGAAACAAUUCUGGGAUUACGAACCGGAUUUGUCACCCGAGUGCAGAUUGAAGAGGAUCAUGACCGCGUUUCCGUCUCUCUUUUCGAUCGCGGUAUCGCAUUUGCGAAUGGAAUUGCCAGAAGCCCGAACGGUGAGAUCGUGGCCGUGGCCUCGACAAUGAUGCCUGGCGUUCUCCUCUACGAACGUCAGCAUACAAGUAAAGGCUUCGAAUGGACCAUCACAGAUUACAUAUUCACCCCAAACAUGGCUGACAACAUCGCAUUUUCACGAAAUCUUGUUGCGUCGGAGCAAGGAGAAAGAAGCUAUUUUGGCAAUGGAUCUCAACUUCUCGUUACUGGUGCUAUCAGUGGUCCAAUGAUGGUGAGGUUUGCGAAAGAUCCAAAAAACAUGUCUAGAGCGUCACCAUCCUGGGUGGUUGCAAUCACACCAAAAGCAAAGGACGUUGAAAGAACUGAAGACAAUGCACCAUUGCCUGUGCAAGAGAGACUACUAGGUCUACAUGACCGCUAUGAAAUUAAGACUCUAUAUCAAGGACACAAACCUACCCCUCUCUCGGCGCCUCACUACGGUUUUGGGCUUGUCGGUAUCACUGCAGCUGCAGGCGCCUCAAUGGAUGUCACUGUUGGUGGCGGUACGCUUCUCGUCGCUGGAAUUCUCUCCGACCCUGGUGUGAUGAUUUGCUAUGGAGUCGGACAGUAGAGUGGAGCGUGACUGUCGAUCGAAAUACAGGCGCAUCGGAUUUGUCAGGCGUGUUUUUGAGAUGUAAGGAUUCAUAAUCACUAUGUUUGCUGUGGGAGUUUUUGUCGAGAAGCUAGAUACCCGAUAACAAAGUACGGGCGGAACGUAGGCUGGGAAGCACCAACUAAUUAUUGUACUUCCCGG